GAAUCCUCUGCAUCUCGCCAUUUAAAAGGGCCACCACUUUCAAUGCCUGCAUUCAUUCUUUCCUUUGUUCAAAGCUCACGGUUUCUUGACCCCUCCUCCCAUGGCUCAGCAGAAGGUGGUGUUGAAGGUCAUGACCAUGAGUGAUGACAAGACGAAGCAGAAAGCCAUGGAAGCUGCAGCUGAUAUUUAUGGAGUUGAUUCAAUUGCUGCUGAUACGAAGGAGCAGAAGCUAACUGUAAUUGGAGUGAUGGAUGCAGUUGCAGUGGUGAAGAAACUGAAGAAAGUAGGCAAAGUCGACAUAAUAUCAGUUGGGCCAGCCAAAGAGGAGAAGAAAGAGGAGAAGAAAGAAGAGAAGAAGGAAGAGAAAAAGGAAGAAAAGAAAGAGGAAAAGAAAGAAGACAAGAAAGAAGAC